GUCCUGCGCGGCGGCGGCGGGCGGGCGGAUCGGUGUCUCCUUCACUUCGCCCUCCAGUGCCAGCGGCUGCAGCAGCGCGGCCUCCUCACGGCGAGACCCGCCCGCGCCCCCGGCCCCGCUCCGCCCGGCCCCGCCGCUCUCCCGCGCUAGCCAGAGUCUCUAAAUUGGCCUAGCUAUGGCUACUAGACUAGCGUGUCCACCUCCGAGAACUCCAAUGGCGAUUCCUCCAUCAUACGUAGACCUUGGCAAAUCUGCCAGAGAUAUCUUCAAUAAAGGAUAUGGUUUUGGCUUGGUGAAACUGGAUGUGAAAACAAAAUCUGCAAGCGGAGUGGAAUUCACAACAUCUGGUUCAUCGAACACAGACACUGGAAAAGUGAAUGGGAGCUUGGAGACCAAAUAUAAGUGGGCUGAGUAUGGGCUGACUUUUACAGAAAAAUGGAACACAGAUAACACUCUGGGAACAGAAAUUGCAAUUGAAGAUCAGAUUGCCAAAGGCUUGAAGUUGACAUUUGAUACAACUUUCUCACCAAAUACAGGAAAGAAAAGUGGUAAAAUUAAGUCAGCUUAUAAACGUGAAUGCCUAAACCUAGGUUGUGAUGUUGACUUUGAUUUUGCUGGACCUGCCAUCCAUGGCUCAGCUGUCUUUGGUUAUGAAGGCUGGCUUGCUGGUUAUCAGAUGACUUUUGAUAGUGCCAAAUCAAAAUUGACAAGAAAUAACUUCUCUGUGGGUUACAAGACUGGGGACUUCCAACUGCACACUAAUGUCAAUGAUGGUUCAGAAUUUGGUGGGUCAAUUUACCAGAAAGUGAGUGACAAUCUUGAAACUGCCGUAAACCUGGCUUGGACAGCAGGUAGCAACAGCACUCGCUUUGGCAUUGCAGCUAAAUACAAGUUGGAUUCCACUGCUUCUAUCUCUGCAAAAGUGAACAAUUCUAGUCUAGUUGGAGUGGGUUACACCCAGACCCUGAGGCCAGGUGUGAAGCUUACACUGUCUGCUCUGAUAGAUGGAAAGAGCAUCAAUGCUGGUGGCCAUAAACUUGGUCUUGGCCUGGAAUUGGAGGCUUAAAAAGACGAAGAAACUGCUGCAGAGAAGGGAUAUCAGAAGAAUUUGGCCUUAAAAUGUAUUUCCAAUGUGACCAGCAGGCUUUUUUUCCCAAGAAGGAUGACCUAGAACAAGAGCUGUAUUUGAAGUAUUUAGGCAGUUACUUGUUAGCUGGUUUCUAGUUAAAUUGGUUACCCAUCUAGUUAAAAUUCUGCAUUAGUGCAGUCACUUAAACAUUAUUUAAAUGUAUUUAACUGUUUAAUGCGCUACCCACAAAUAAUGAAAUAGACAUUUAUGAAAACUGUACAAUUGUGUGCAUGUUUGUUUUUAUGUUCCUUUUAACAUUUGAUAUUGCCAUUUAAUGAAAAAUGGAUCAGUGGAUGUUUUGAAAUGAGGUCAACAAUUUUGUUAAAUCACAUGAAGUAGAAAUACAUUUGGUAUCCCAAGACAAAUUAUGAAUAAAACAAGUACACACACAUACUUGUGCCUCAGAUAUUUUAAGAGUUAAGGUAUGAGGGUAGUGCUCAAUUAAAUUUAAACUUUUAACUUGAAAUAAUCCAAGAAGUAGUGCUAUAUACCUUUGUGCAAUUAAGGACACCCCCCCACCCCAUUCCCCCAUGACAACAUUGAAUAUGGGUGGUUUUCACUGAGCAGCUGGAUUCCUCAAGCAAGUUGAAUGUGCUUUUCUGUCAGGUAAGAUUUGUCAUGACACAACGGUUUAAUUCCUCCUGUGUUCUGUUCUGUGGGCAAGAUUUACUGCAUUACUAGUUGGCCUCCUGAUGCAAAGAGUGCAGAAUGAUGUACUUGGCACACUGAGACAUUUAAGAACUGCUCCUUGAUGCUUUUGCCCAAGGGGUGAAAAACUUCACCACACAAACACACUGUUUGCUUAUAUUUGUAUCUCUGCAACUGGAUGUAACAGUGUAAUGGAAAAACAGGCUGCUUUUAUCCCAACUGCUGUGAGAGGUUUCUGCUUACAAUGACCGAAAUAAAGGCUUAAUUUUAAAUGGAGGUGGAGGAAAAUGCAUCCGAUUUUGCUUUCCCUUUGACUAAUCUUGGCAGAUACCCAUUUAAGUCCAGAAACACAGAAUAAUGGAAAAACUCCAUAUUUUUCUAGGACAGAAUUAAGGGAGAAUUAAAGUAUGAGGGAUAGUUGGUCUGUGAACAUCCCUUAAGGUCAAACAUAACUAGCUGUGACUGCUCUUAGUGUGGAAUAUAUUAAAUACAUGUAGUUAAUAGCGCUUACAUUUAAGAAUGGGGAUUUAUUGAGUUCAGGGGGGUGCCUGGAGCCUACUCCUUAAAGUCUCUCACAGCUGAGAAGGAUAACUUGAUCCCUAGUUGCGCAGUCUGUGGUUCACAGCAGCCUGCUUUAUUGAGCAGGUGGCCAGUUUAUGAUCAGGAAGCUGUAUCUCUGGUUUGCAAGCUGUGUUUGGUUCAUGCUGGAUUAGAUUUAACCCCCAUAAAAGUCCUAGUGAUUUGCUCGAGGUCUUGUUCCAUCCUGCAUUGUUGCCCUCAUACUCAAAUUCUCAAGUACUGUUGUAAACUGCCUGAGGCUUUAGCAGUGGAAUAGCUGAGCCACUUUCUUUGCAGAAGAUGGAAAAGGGCUUAAGCUUCCAGCUCAGGCUGUUGAGCAGGCUUGCUAGUGUAUUUGACCAGUUUUGUUACAUGACAAGGAGAAGGCUUGGCAGCAUUUGUGCUUUGGAGUACCUUUACUGCUGUUGUCACUAAAUGCCCUUUUCUGAGGAGCACUUCCACCACUUAUGAUGGAAGCAGCACGUAAGCCACAAUUUGUGGCUCUUAUUGCAUGUUAACAUUCGUAAACUGUAUUUUUAGUUUGAAGUGUUCUUAUGUUCUAGACCACUUAAAGCUAGAAACGGUGCAGCCAGACAUUUGAACUUUAGUAUGGUUUCUUUUUAGUAUAACUAAAUGUGUCUAGUUUCUUCUGAAAAAAAAAUAAAAAAUGCUGUGUGUCUGUAUGCAUUGACCAGCUGUAGCACCUGGACAAACAAAGGUCUCUUGCUUAUGAACGAUGCCUUGUUUGCAUCCUUAAACCAGAGUAGCAGCAACACUGGGUUUCUCAUUUUUUUGGAAGCUUUUGAUAGGGCUAUAGUGGUCUGACACACUUUUUUUUUUUUCCCCUCGGUGGUAUUUUGUAUUUUUUUUUUCUUUUUAGAAACAACUAUUCCGACCCCUUUCUUCACUGUUUGCUCACCUCUAGCUCUUUUUCCUGAGGGCACAAAAUGGGCAAGUGAAAUACAUGCAGAUAUGGCAGAGUUUUUCUCCCACUCUUCAUACAAAUUAGUAAUGGAAAGUUUGAACCUAUUCAUUUUACUCUGUUUUCAUGUGCAUCACUUUACUAGUCUUCAGCCUUUAAACCUUAAGUAGUUUCAUUUGUUGUAAUGCUGAUGGGUAACUGGAGAAAUAAAAGGGCUCUGCAGUAGUUAAGACAACUGUGAAAAUGUGAGUUUUCCUAAAAUACCAGAAAUCACUAGUUUGAGCAUAAAAAGGAAGUUCAGUGUCUACUGACAUCUCAAAUGAGGCUUAUAAAAAUGGCUUUCAAACUUUCUUUUCAACUGUGUUACAGAAGCUGGUGGUGUAUUCGGAGUUUUGUGGUAAGGAAUGUUGGUAGUUUAAAUAGCUCCAUUUUGUUAGAACGUGUAAAAAGCCUUAAUGAUAACUUUCAGUGCUAGCUAGCCUUUCCUCAGGUGUCAUUCUGAAUAAAAUAAAAACACUUGAGAUAACCAA